AUGAUUCUGGAAGGCGCGCCGGUGACGGGGCUGACGCUGCUCAUCUCUACCGCGUCAUCCACAAUGGUUCGAGGUCAGUACACGCGUUACCGUAGCAUGGCCUUUGCUCCAGACACGCUGGCGGCCCCCCUCACCUGCUUCGCGUUGGCAAAGCGUCUCCUGCUGCAGAGCAUUCCCAUAGGCCCACUCGGCAUCUCUGUCGUGGAUAUCGUUCUCGCCAUCAACCUGCUCUACCAGUUUCGCACGCUGGAGCGGCGGUGGGGGUCCAACACGUACAUGGCGUUUCUCUUUACGUCAGCUGUACUUGGCGUGUGCGCUGUCCAGUUUUUCGUCACGGAGAGCGGGUCGAAGCAGCUAUCCAUCGACGCUGUCCGCAUCCUUUCUGCUGCCGGCACCAUUGUUCCUUUGUCGGCGCUACUCACGUGCUACCUUCGCGAGGUGCCCUCGCGGUCGACGUUGGCGAUGCGCAUCCCCGGCACGAACUUCACUAUUUCAGAAAAGGCGCUGACACUUCUACCGCUAAUCAAGCUCGUGCUGAGCCCUAGCACGCAGCUGCAGGCGCAGACGUUCCGCCGGGCGGCGGUGGAGGUCGAUGUUGGAGUAUGGACACGAUUGUGGUUCGCCCUCAUCGGCGCUAUCUUUGCCAUUAUGUCCACGCGCUCGCGUGCCGUGCGGUGGUGGCUGACGGCCUUCACUCGCUACAUAUGCCGCCCGCUGCUGCGUUUCUUGAGGCCUCUGACAGACGUCCUGUUUGGGCCGUUGUUCACCGUGGACCACGCCAAGCCGCGGAACGUGCGGCACCACCAGGGUGGCAACGGGAGCUUUCAACUGGGCAUCGGCGGCGCUCGCGCCGGCUUCGAUGGCGCUGACGACGCAGGUGUCGUAAACGGUGGUCAAUACGUGGUGGAGAGCCUGACAGGUGGUGACGCACUGCAGGAGGUGCGUGCCCGCAUGCGCGCGCGGCGCCACGGGGCGCAACAGCAGCAGCAGGGUUUACGGGGUGGAGCCGUGGCCGCUGGCACGGCUGCCCAAGCGCGGCGCCGCAGCCCGCAGGAGGAGGCGGCAAGGAACGAGGCGAUUGCGACCGUAGAGGCAAUUGGCCUCGGCGCGUCACGUGACGAGAUCAUUGCCGCGCUGGACAUGACGGGCGGCAACCUUGAGAUGGCUGUGCAGAUCCUUCUGGGCAGCUAA